CCCGUGACUGACCGUGGGGAGCCGGAGCGGCCCGCGGCCCCCGCGGCGCGGAGAUGAGCAGGUCCACCGCGCUGCUUCUCUGCCUGCUCGGCUGCCAUGUCUGGAAGGCGGUCACCAAGACGCUGCGGGAGCCGGGCGCCGGAGCCCAAGAGGUGACCUUGAAGGUGCACAUUAGUGAUGCCAGCACCCACCAGCCCAUCGCAGAUGCAGUCAUUGAGAUCUUCGCCAACCAGGUCUCUGUGGCCUCUGGCUCAUCUGGGACAGACGGGGUUGCCUUCAUCAAGUUCCAGUACAAGCUGGGUAAUCAGUUGAUUGUCACCGCUACAAAACAUGCCUAUGUGCCAAACUCUGCCCCGUGGAAGCCAAUCCGCUUACCUGUAUUUUCUUCACUGAGCCUCGGCCUGCUUCCAGAACGAUCUGCUACUCUAAUGGUCUAUGAAGAUGUUGUCCAAAUAGUAUCAGGAUUCCAAGGUGCCCGGCCACAGCCUCGAGUUCAUUUCCAGAGAAGGGCCUUGAGGUUACCCGAGAAUACCAGUUACAGUGACCUGACCGCCUUUCUUACCGCCGCCAGCUCCCCAUCAGAGGUGGACAGCUUUCCCUACUUACGAGGACUGGAUGGAAAUGGAACAGGAAACAGCACCAGGUAUGACCUGACUCCUGUCACGGCCGUCAGCGUGCAGUUGCUCAGCAGUAAUGGAACACCGGUGCUGGUGGACGGUCCUAUCUAUGUCACCGUGCCCCUGGCCACGCAGAGCAGCCUGAGGCACAAUGCCUAUGUCGCAGCCUGGCGGUUUGACCAGAAGCUGG